CUUUAAACCAAAACUAUUUCCUGUCACUUGCAAAAACCAGGGCGGAUACCCUUGUAAGGGUAUUCGCGCCGACAACGAAGCUAUGCGACCUGGUAAUAAACGUGGCAGUAUUGCUUUGGGCUGUACUCCGACCAGUGAUGCUCGGGUUCGGCCGAAGGUGACACCGGUGAUUGUGCCGAGCACAGCUGGGAAAGUUAAUAUGCAGCUGAAAGGGCUGGUGGAGAGACAUCAACGUGAAGUUGAUCUGCUUAAGGAGAUGAGGUUACGGAAAGUUAACGCUCAAAAGGAAUCUGAAGAGGAGGUCGAACGAUUGAAAGAAGCGAUGGCAAGAUUGGGCACUACGAGGAAACUGAGGGGUACUAACCUGAAGACGAAAUUAGAUGAGGCGGUGGGAGGAGCAUCAUUGAAGGACAAAGGUAAACGACCUGUGUCCCCUGCGGAACAGGCAUGCCAGAGGGAUGUUUUUGUACGCGAAGCACGAAAGCAGUUACGGAACCUGAGGAAGGAGGAGGUCAUUGCGAUAUGUGAAAAGGAAGGCAUCGAGUAUACAAAGUUGGAUCCGACUAAGGAGGCUAUUGUACAAUUAGAGCAGAGCGCGCAUGCUUGGAUGAAACUAAAGGUGGGGAGCGGUUAGUAGACAAAUGAAAGGUUUUGAAGAGAAUGUAUGGAGGGAGUCUUGUUCACUGUUGUUUUUGAGUAAAAGAAUUGAGAUACG